AUGUUCAACAACGAUUGGAAGCUGUCGAUCAACGCCAAGUCGUUCGAAGCGCUCGACACGUCGUUGUUCAAGAACUACAAGUUUUCGACGUUGGUGAACUUUGCGUUUUUCGUGGUGUUUCUGAGUCUGUUGAAAGCUCUUCUUUUUGUCUCUGACGUUUACACGUGCGUCAAGCUGCUGGCAUUCAAUACCUGGUCCAACAACAUCAUCCAGCCGUACAUUCCGUUCCGGAUCUCGAAGUGGCUGUUCAGCGCGUGCAUCCUGGCGUCCGUGGUGCUUAUGAUCUGGGAAGUGGCGCGCGGAAUCGCGAUCUACCGGACACGAAACAUCUCGCUGACGUACGUCAACAAUUUUUCGAGAGCCGUCUACUCGCUGACGCAGUACGACAAGUUUUGCAUCUACAACAGGAUUACGCCCAAGGGCACGUACCAGCGGGCCGCGUUUUUCACGUUUUUCGAGCUCAAGGACUGCCUGCGACUGCUUUUCGCAGAUACGCCUCGGCAGGUGAUCAACGGGCUGACGCUGUGGUCCGUGCUCAUCGCGGUCAACAGCGGCAGCGAUAUGGGCAAACUGGAGAACUUGAGCGGGCUCAUUGCCAAGAUCGAGACCAUUGCUAAGACGAACCGCGAAGAAGCCGUGAUUUUGUCGUUCAUGCUUUUCUCGUUCGUCGUUUGGGCGUUUUUCAUUUCCAAACUCAUCCUGGCCUGCGUCUGCUCCAUUUUCGUCUACUACCACAUCUUCAACGAACGCAAGUAUGGCGGUCUCAAAGAGUACGUGUGCGUCACUGUGAGCGACAGAGUCGACCAGCUGGUCAAGAAAUACGAAAACAAGCGCAGUUUGGCCAAAACGUUUGCGGGCGGCGUACCUUCUGCCGUUUCGCUACUGCGCGACGACGAUCUCGAGGCUGCGAAACUCAUUCCCAACAAUCCAUACGGUCCAAAACUCGCUGCCAAUGGCGACGAAUCUGUGUUCGAGAGCCGGGAGUUCAGCGGCGAAAGCAAAGAGCUGUCUCUCGACUACGAAAAAGACGCGCUGCAGCCCACGUCCGCGAUCAGAGCCUUGGGCGCUGGCAGGGAAAGACCGGUUGUGGUGGGCCAGCGACUGGAUUCGCAAGAGCUUGUGCCGAAAAAGUUGACCCACACCGAGACGCUCGUAUCUGCGAUCUCUUCAAGAACGCUGCCCAGCGUACACUUCGGCGCAAAUGCCCCCACCAAUGCCAUCGCAGAAAGUUUCCCGCUCGAACCCACAACGACACCGCUACAGCGCCCAAGACCGCCUCCAACACCCGCACUAGACACCGCGUCGUUAAAUUUCGACACCAUAGCCCAUACCGGGCGUGCUCACGUUGGGCCCGCCCACGUUGCGUCCAACCACGUCUAUACCCCGGAACAGGCGUACUUUGGCGGUCGAUUUGUUGAACAACCCGAUGAGCACAGUUACCCGCAGCGGUCUACAAGUGUGCUGGACAGGCGCCAGCACAUAGAGAACGAAGACUACCAGAACUUCAUGUCUCGCGUACAGCAUACCAAUCAAUUUACAUAG